AGAGAGCGGCUGUGUCUGCCUCUCCCUCCUCCCUCGUCCAUCAGCAUUUAACGGCGCAUCGUUUCCACCAAUCUGUGCAGCGAGAGGACCACCCCAACCCCUGAACCUGAAUCUACCCGCCCUGCCCGCUUAUAAAUACUGCUUGAAUCACACCGGCAAGUCUUGGUCGUCAGAAACGCUCAGGGUUGCAGCAGAACAUCCCCCUUCGUCUUAUCCCCCUCAUCGUUUCUCUGUUUUUUAAGAAAAUCUCACGCCAUCAUCCAUUUUCACUCUCAUUCUUCCCCCCUUUUUUCCGAACUGUAGUUGUUUUUGCGGCCAGUUGCAUGCAUUUUUCGUCUCCCAAAAUGGUUUGCGAGACUAAAAUUGUUGCGGACGAACACGAUGCUAUACCUGGGACCAAAAAAGAGUCGAUCAUGUGGAGCUCUCCUCCGUCCAGCGCGGCUCUGAACCCCGCCGAAGCCAAGGAUGUGAGGAAAGAUGCGGUUUUUAUCCGCGAGUUCGAGCGCGGGGAUCAAGAGGAGGUGCGGCGCAUCUUUUACGAGGGUAUUAUGGAGAGGAUACCCAAUACGGCGUUUAGGGGGCUCAGGCAGCAGCCCAAGACCCAGUUUUUAUAUGCUCUUCUGACAGUAAUGUGCUUUUUCGUGACCAAAUCCGUCACGCUGACCUGCUGCACGCCCCUCAUUCUCAUGGGUGCGCGCUACUACUACAGCAGGAAAGUUAUCCACAGUUAUCUGGACCGUGCUCUGCACACGGACAUGGCUGACAUAGAGGCGUAUUACAUGAGACCCACAGGCUCCUGUUUCUGGGUCGCAGUGCUUGACGGACGUGUGGUGGGGAUCGUGGCGGCACAAGGCCAUGAGGAUGACAACACGGUGGAGCUUCAUCGCAUGUCAGUGGACUCGCGCUACCGCGGCAAAGGCAUCGCGAAGGCACUGGGUCGUCGUGUUCUGGAGUUUGCCGUGCGCAACAACUACGCUGCUGUGGUCCUCGGCACGACGGCUGUCAAGUUGGCUGCCCACAAGCUGUACGAGUCGCUGGGCUUCCGCCGAACAGGCCAGAGCGAGGACUACAGGCUCCCCGGGAUGACCCGCUCGCCGCUGGAGAGGCUCUUCUUCCAGAUCCGCUACAGCCGCUACCGCUUGCAGCUCCGUGAGGAGUGAGAGGUGACAGGGAGAGGGAGAGAUGGAGAGGGGGAGAUGGAGAAAGAGAGGGACAGAGAGAGAGAGAGAGAGAGAGAGCAACGACCCUCCUUCACCCGAGAGCCCCGACCGCAUCCUCUCCUUUGACAGCUUUUAUUUAUUUUGUGUCAUUAGAGAUAACUUCGAGUACUACUUAACACUUCUACUAUUUCAUCUUUAAAGUCACUAACGUUUUCAUUACUAUUAUGCUUUUGUUGCUGUUGUUUUUGUAUUAUACUUUUACAUUUUAAAUAAGAGUUUUAUUUCUUUUCCUCUAUUUUAUUAAGCUAUUUUUUGUACCUUUACCCCUCCCCUUUCACUGUGGGAGAAAAAAGAUAUUGGCUUUUAUAGAAGA